AUGGGCACUGAGCUGUCUGACAAGGGCUGUUGUCUUUUGCGAAAGCCUCAAUUGGAUGCAGAUCCUGGAUGCCGGUCUGCGGCCAUGGCAGCAGCCCGCGCGGCGUGGCAGGUUGCGUGGAAGUUGGAGAUUUCAGCCAAAGCAACUGCCAUCUACCAGGCCAUGAAGAAGCUUUCACAUGGUAGAUUUUGUCCACCUUUGCUGGUGGAUGAGGUGGUGGCUUUCUCUGUGGAGGUGCCGAAGAUCAUCAAGGAUUUGGAUUUGUGGGACGAUGCGGAAGCCUGGGGCUUUGAUCCUUUUCUGCGUUCGCCCACAUCCCAAGUUGAGAAGAAUUUGCAGAAUGCUGGGAGCUCAGGACAUGUAGAACACCCACAAAACGAGGAGCUUGAUGCAGAAGAUCCACAAGAGCCUCACAUGACUCCAUCGAGCCAAGAAGCUCAACCAUCGAGCCAAGAAGCUCCACAAGACACCUUCCAUGCUGAUCCUGAUGGUGCUGUGGAUGAGAAAGCCACCGAUGAGCUCAUGUUGGCCAUGCGCGCGAGCCGAAAUGACGUGCCACCUCUGAACAUGCACGGCGUCCGGUUGUUCCGACUCAACGGUUUUGCCAACGCCCAGCACGUGAUCGACCUUCUCUUCAAUCCACAUGGGCCUCUAAAAUCACUGCAUGAUCGCAUUCGGGAAGCUGGAUGCAGUGUUGACCCGGAGGGAAAUCCGGUGAAAAUUCUGUUUGUUCCAUGCGCUCACCGGAUUAGCUUCUGGAGCUGCAACAACUUGCUGCUGAUGGCUUCGAGCUGCGUCGGGACGCGCACAUCUUGGCGUUGGAGCAGGAUGCCGCGCUCAUCAACGCAGCCCUGCGGGAUUUCCCUCAGAAGGCCCGUCCGCAGCUGA